AUCCUAUUUUAAGUGCGAAUAUGAUACAUUUAGGCUUGCCGUUUUUUGUAUGGUCAUUGUUGAGUAACACAUGAGCCCCUUGCCGUUACAUAAGCCUUAGGCAAGAUCGCUGUUGUGUAGCUUAUCUAACUGUGUGAAGCAGGGGAGUGUCCGUGCUGCUGCCGGGUCAAUGGUAUCCUCCUCCAGGCUCCGUCUAGUUUGGCGUCAUUUUGUCAACCGUAGCAUGGGAGAGAUGGGCUCCAAAGCCCAGAUGCCGACUUCAGAGACGGCACUUCCCGGCCGGACCGACACCAUGAAAGUCUCCGCCAAACACGAUGUGAGCGGCAACACGACUGUUCCACCUUUUCCAGAGGGGACAGCGAUGGCUGUAUUUGGCAUGGGCUGCUUCUGGGGAGUGGAGAGGAAGUUUUGGAAACAAAAAGGGGUUUAUUCCACCCAAGUGGGCUACGCGGGAGGAUACACGCCUAACCCCACCUACAAGGAAGUCUGCACAGGUAUGACGGGCCACGCCGAGGUGGUGAGGGUCGUCUUCCAUCCGGAGCAGAUCAGCUUCGCCAGCCUGCUCAAAGUUUUCUGGGAAAGCCACAACCCGACUCAAGGGAUGCGACAGGGGAACGAUACUGGGAUGGAAUACCGCUCCGUCAUCUAUGCCGACACAAAGCAGCAGCUGGAGGAAGCUUUGGCCUCCAAAGAUCAAUACCAGAAGGUACUAGCCGAGGAAGGUUACAGUGCGAUCACAACAGAAAUAGCCGAAGCCAAGCCUUUCUACUACGCUGAGGAUUACCACCAGCAGUACCUGAGUAAAAACCCUGAAGGAUACUGCGGGCUGGGAGGGACGGGAGUCUCCUGUCCAAUAGGAAUCAAAGCUAAGGCCUAGAUAGCCAAUGGCAGCCAAGAGCCAUUGCCGUCAGUAAGGAUGCAACAGUGGAGUGGAGUAAAGUUUUAAAAUGUGUCCAGAAUCAAUAGGCUUGAUGUUUCAAUCAAUAUCUGAAGAAAAUUAGAUUUUCGUAUAUUUUAGGCAUUUGGGAACAUCGGUCAAAUAUUUAAAACUGUGCAUUCGAUAAUGUCAGUAUAUCGCACAUUUCUCAUGAACCCAGCAUCUCCAUGCCUCUGAAAAACAAAACGGAACAAUGAUUGUUGUCAAGUGCUGAAGCUCAGUUUGUAACAUAGUAAAUAACGCAGCCGAUUUGUGCCUGAUGUGAACCAGUGACGCGUAGCAUGAACUGCAGCGCAGACGCUGGUGAAGGCCGGUUGUCUUCUCAGCUCUUUGCUGAUGGAGAACCUACCAGUGACUCAAGAUAUCCACGAAUGCUGGUGCAUCGUCACUUUAGUGGAGGCUUCACACAUGCGGGGCAAUUUUAUAUGUUCGAUGUAUCAAAAUGUAUGUAAUCCAAUGAAAGCUAGUGUAAAAAACAGUCUCUCUUAAAUUUUAGUGUACAGUCCGACACAAUCUAAUAUAGUGUGCAUCAGUCCACAAUUCACUUUUUUCGCAUAUAUAAAUUGAAGAUUUUGUUUCGCAGAACGAUGCUCAGGUUGCUUAUACAUGAUGAUUAUUUAUGUUCAUUUUUGAAAGUCUGUAGAGGAAUAAAACAUAUUAAAAGCUUCCAAAAUCAGAA